AUGUCCUUUUUCCAGAACUUAUCAAAGAACCUCCAAACUGGGCUCAACGAGGGUUAUAGCCAGGCUCAGAAGCUCUCCUCUGAGAUCACCCCGCUGGCCCAAAGAACUGCCAGACAGAUACAGGAGAAGCUGGGUCAGACUGACGAUAUCUCCCAGUUGCCUCAGGAGUACACUGAGUUGGAGCAGAAGGUUGACCUGCUGAAGUCUGUCUACAAGACACUGCUCUCGGUGACCUCAACAUUUGAUUCCGAGUCGUAUGACUACCCAAACAACGUUAAGGAAUCUGUCACAGAGAUGUCAAAGAACUUCACAAACAAGGUUGAGAAGUUGGCCUCUGCCAGAUCUACCUCUGAAGCCCAUGCCGUCAUCGUCAGUGAGAACCCACGCUCAUUGCCAAAGACUUUGAACCAGGCUCUCUCCACUGCUGCCAAUGUGUCUGCUCUCAAGAUCCAACAGCUAUCAACUGACGAUUCUCUUGACAUUGUUGCACAAGGGUUAACUCAGGUUGGCCAAGUGGAGGCCAAGAUCAGCGAGGCUAAGCUGCAACAGGACAAGCUCAUCCAGACAAACGUGAACAAGCCAUUUGUCUUGCAAUUGAAGCAGUCUUUGUCAGUUGCAGACAGGGCUAGAAAGAACGUUGAGAACAAGAGAUUGUCCUACGACGCUGCCAGAAGCUCUCUCAAGAAUUGCAAGCCUGAGAAGGAGGCAAGUCUGAGAGUGACGUUAGAGUCCUUGGAGGACGAAUUUGCAGCAGCCACUGAAGAUGCUGUUGUUGUUAUGAAGGAUGUCUUGAAGAAAGCUGAGGUCCUGGAGCAAUUGACAGAGUUAAUCACUGCUCAAUUGGCCUUCCACAAGGCUGCUAGUGAAUUGCUAGGUCAACUCUUGCCAACCUUGGAGAACUUGAAAGAGGAUGCCGGUGGUAAGGUGUUGUCCGAUAUUGAGGAUGCUGAUAUAUAAAAGUAGCACUCAGAACUCCUUUUUUU